CAUUACCGACUUCCUCUUUCAAUGACAUUUCCGACUGCACCUGAAAGUCUCACGUGGUACAGCAGGUUGCGUUGAAAGGGAAAGACAGACGUCAACGUCGGAGCUUUGUUUCAACAACAUCUCUUUUUGUCAAGGGUGUUUCUGUAAAACAAAACCUGAGGCGGUGAAGUGAAGUGCUGCCUUUGCCGCCACAUUCGUCUCAGCCCGUGAGGUGACACGGGGGGGAGAUAUACCUCCUGAAAAUGCUCCAGUCUCUCGCCAGUAAUUCAUGUGUGCGUCUGAUACAGAGCCACAAAUCAACAUGUUAUUUCGUGUCCCUCGUCUUGGGGUACCUGCUCUAUCUCGUGUUCGGCGCCGUUGUCUUUUCCUCUGUCGAGCUGCCUUAUGAGGACCAGCUGCGGCAAGAGCUGCGGGCCGUGAAGAAGCAGUUCCUGCAGGAGAACAACUGUCUCACCGAGGAGCGUCUGGAGUGGUUUCUGAAGAAAGCGCUGGAUGCUAGCAACUAUGGGGUAUCCAUCCUCAACAACGCCUCGGCUAACUGGAACUGGGACUUCACGUCGGCGAUGUUUUUCGCGAGCACGGUGUUGUCCACCACGGGAUAUGGUCACACGGCUCCUCUGUCAGAUGGUGGCAAGGCCUUCUGCAUCAUCUACUCAGUGAUUGGCAUCCCCUUCACCCUCCUCUUCCUCACCGCUGUGGUGCAGAGGAUCAUGGUGUUCAGCACACGGAGGCCGGUCAUGUACAUCCACACAUACUGGGGUCUGUCCAAGCCACUGGUGGCCAUCGUUCACGCCACUCUGCUCGCCUUGUUGGCCAUGUCGUGCUUUUUCCUCAUCCCUGCUGCCAUCUUCUCCAUUCUGGAGGAGAAUUGGAACUUCCUGGAGUCCUUCUACUUCUGCUUCAUUUCCCUGAGCACCAUUGGCCUGGGAGACUAUGUACCUGGAGAGUCUGUUAAUCAGAGGUUCAGGGAGCUUUACAAAGUGGGCAUCACUGUCUAUCUGAUCCUGGGGCUGAUAGUCAUGCUCGUGGUGCUGGAGACCUUCUGCGAGCUGCAGCAGCUGAAGCAGCUGCGGAAGAUGUUCUACCUAAAGAAAGAGAAGCCGCAGGACCGCAUGGUCAUUCUGGAGAACGACCACCUGUCCUUCACCACUGUGCCCGAAACACCUGCAGGCCUCAUGGAAGACAAAUUCCAGCCUUUUGUCAGGGUGACCCCUCUGGCCUCUCCUAACGAUGACCCCAUGAUCCAGUAAACAACGACUGAGCAACCGCCUAAUGAAGAAUGUAAAAACAUGAAAUUAGGAGAGGAUUUUGUCACAAGUCUAUACAUACAGUAGCUAGAACACAAAUCAUAGCUCACUCCUGCAAAUUUUAGUUGUGAAACUAGGUCCGACUAUUAAGAUUAAGCAAAAGAAUCCCCUCUAUGACACUGAACAUAUAGCGCUUUGCAUCAGAGAUUAAAUUAUUUGCAUUAAUCAAGGAGAACAAUGAUAUUUAACAGUAAGUCUGCGAUGAUGCCAUGUUAUGACUCACAUGAGCUAAGCUUUUAUGAGCUGCAUCAUUUAUUGCAUAUUUAGCAACAGUUUUAGAAAGUAAUUGGUCUUUUAAAUCUAGGUGAAAUGUAGGACAGUUGUUUGUAGUCUGUCACACAGUAGUACAGUAAUGUUAACUUUUAAGGUACGUGGAACCUCAAAUUAAUGCACAACUUUAACAUGUUUUAAAAAAUGAAUUGUCAUUAAGGCAAGAGUUUUAUUAUUUAUUAUUUUAAACAUUGACAGGAAAACGCAUACUGUACCAUGUUGAUCAGUGUUUUUGCUGGGUCAACUGCGAAAUGCUCAAUUAUAUUCUGUUCAGCUUGUUUAGCUCCUUUUUAGGGGUUUGUCUCAUGUGGCUGAAUGAAGCAAGAGUUUGCAGUCAAUCCUGAACACAGCAUCUAAAAACAACAACUGUUGUGUAACAUUUUUGGCUCAUUUAUACAGAGGUGUUAAUGACUCCGGUUGCACUCCAUUUUGUCACAUUUCAUUGUUUUUGUCUGCAGAAAUGUGUAUUUUUCUCCACAUGUUGCGGAGCUAUUUCAAUUUUGUGUGUGUAACGAUUGGCACUAUCAUUUAUUGAUCUGCCUAAAAGGAUGAACAUGUGCUGCAUUGUGUGGAAAAAGGGAAAGGAGGUUAGGCUGACUUUUAAAGAAAAAAAAAAGGGAAUCACAGAGCACUGGUUGGCUAAUUGAAUUUUGCUGUCGAUAAGGAGAGCUCGGUUAACUUUGCACAUGUACUGGAACCAGGAAGUAGUACAGAAAAAUAAAUGACUGUUUGGGAUUUCUCUAAAAGAAAAAGGGACUUGCUUGCAGAGAUUUUUUAAAUGAGAAAGAUUGUGCCCCUUCUGCAGUGGAAGGCCUGGUUAUUGUUUAAAACUUGAAGAGAAACUAUUUUACUGUAUUUGCAUCACUUAAAUCUCGAAAAUGUAUAUUUUUAGAGAAGGCACGACGAGGAAGGUUUACAAAAUUUUUGUAUAGAUUCAUGAAAGGGAUUUUUAUGCCAACUUUGGCACGUCAGAGGGAACCUGAAACGAUCAGCUUUUACUCUCAUUGCUAAUGGAUGACUUUCCAUAGUCUGACUAAUAUUGAAUAUGCAUAUUGUGAAAGAAUACACAAGGUUAGAUGUUUUGACAGAGGUACUGAUCUCAUGCCUUUAACCAUAUUGACAUACAUACAUGUGGUGUUUGUUCCAUCAGUGUCUCUGACCUCAUUUCUCUGCUACGUUAGCACGCAUUUGUAGUGUUUUAUAAAGUUUCAAAUGUAAUGAUGUGGGUUUUUUUUUUCUUUGCUAUUUGCUGAAUUUGAUGAAGCAGCUGCUCUUGCUGCUCUGUUAGUUGAAGAGAAGCAAGUCGAUUAGAAAGUGUGUAGUGGCUCAUCUUUAAUACUGUAUUUUUCAGUGGGAAUGUUGUUGAUUUUUUUUUUUGACACCAUUCUGGGCCUUUCUGCAAACUGUGAAGCAACGAUACUGUUUAUACUGUCAGGAGGAGAAUGUGAGGAAAAACGUGUGCUUUCUCAGAUAUUUAACAGUUCUGCAAAUACCAUGCUGUGUAAGUCUAUGUCAACUCUUUCACCCCUCAGCCUUUUUUUUUUUUUUUUCUUUGUCUUGAACAUGAAAGCUGCAGGUAACGCACUUCUUGUUCCGUUCAGGGAGUAAACAUUGUGUCAAGGAUAACAAAUGGAUUUAUGCUGACAUUAUUUAUUCAUGCUGACAAAACCGACUUGUUUUGUGGACAGUGGAAUAUUAGCAUUCAGAAAUACUUCACAAGUUGUGGUACAUUUGUGCACAGUUCAGUAUUUGUUGUGUUAUAGCACAUUGUGUUGUACAGGAUUGCCGGGGAGCACCAAGGUUUUCUUGAAAAAUUCAUUUCAACUUAAGUGAAUCCAUGAAGUGUAAAAUGUUGGUGUAUCUCAAAUAAACAGUUGGUUUGUUAUGACCUCA